AUGCUUAUACUUGAAUGUGUUUGCGUGCUUUUCAUUCAUUCAUUCAUUCUUUCUUUCUUUCUUUUUUUUUCCCUUAGAUUUUUUCUUUUUCUGUCUGUUUUUUUUUAUUUUAGAUUCUUAUUUGUUUAUUUAUUUUUGCUUAUUAUAGUUUCUCUUGGUUUUGAUUUACUGUUUCGUUAUUUCUUUUGCAUUAAGUUCUUGUUUCUUUCUUUCGUUCUUUAUUUUGCAUUAGAUUCUUGUUGCUUUAUUUCUUUUGUCCUUCAUCCUUACCUUCUUUCUUUCUUUGUUUUUCGAAUUAGAUUCUUAUGUCCUUCUUUAUUUCCCCCCUUUCCUUGUUUCCUUUUGCGUUCUUACUUUCUUUCUUUUAGUUUCUUCUUUCUUACUUAUUCUUUGCUUGUUUCUUUCUUUCUUUCUUUCUUUCUUUCAUGCUUUCUUUUAGUUUCUUCUUUCUUACUUAUUCUUUGCAUGUCUCUUUCUUUCUUGCUUGCUUUCUUUCUUUCUUUUGUAUUAGAUACUUGUUUCCUCCUUUUUCUUUCUUUCUUGCUUUCUUUUAGUUUCUUCUUUCUUACUUAUUCUUUGCUUGUUUCUUUCUUUCUUGCUUUCUUUCUUUCUUUUUUUCUUCUUUCUUACUUAUUCUUUGCUUGUUUCUUUCUUUUGAGCUUUCUUUUUUUCUUUCUUUCUUUCUUUCUUUCUUUCUUUUAUACUUGUUUCCUCCUUUUUCUUUCUUUCUUUCUUUCUUUCUUUCUUUUGCAUAGAUUCUUGUUUAUUCCUACUUUCUUUCUUUUUUCUUCUUUUCUUUCAUUCUUUUCUUUUCUCUCUCUCUCUCUUUCUCUCUUUCUUUAUUUAUUCCUUUCUUUUGUAUUAGAUUAUUCUGUCUUUCCUUCUUUCCUUCCUUCCUUCCUUCCUUCUUUCUUUAUUUUUUUUGAUUUUUUUCAUUCCUUAUUUUUCAUUCAUUAUUUUUCUUUGCUUUAUUCUUAUUGCCAUUUCUGCUUUUUUUCUCACUUUCAUUUCUUUAAGAUCCAUUUAUUCUUCACAUUAGAUUCUUUAUUCUUUCCCUCGUGUUUACUUUUUUGUUGUUGUUGUGUCUCCGAUUCUUUCUUUAGUCUUUCAUUAAUCUUUCUUUCUUUCUGUCUUUCUUCUUAUUUUGGAUUCUUUAUUUCUUUCUUUUCUUUGAAUUAUUUUUCUUUGGUUUUAACUUUUUCCUCUUCUUUUUAUUUUAUUUUUCAUCAUUCCUUUCUUCCUUUCUUUCUUUCUUUCUUUCUUUCUUUCUUUUCUUUUGUGGUUUUUCUGAUCUCGUUUUGCCUACUUUCGAUUUUUUUCUCUUUGAUUUACACGCUUUCUUUUUUCCUUUCUUUCUUUUUUUCUUUCUUUUUUCCUUUCUUUCUUUCUUUCUUUCUUUGUUUUAUGUGCUGUUUGUCUUUCUUCUAUUCUGGCUCCUUACAUUCUUCAUUUACUUUACAUUUUCUUCCUCUUUAUGUUCUUCUAUUUUUUCUUUCUUUUUGUCUUGGAUCGUUUGUCUUUAUUUUGCUUGUUUCUUUCUUUUACUUGGGAUUUUUUCUCUCUUUGAUUUCGUUUUUUUUUCCAUUUCUCUCCAUCUUUUCUUUAUUGUUUUUGGUUCUUAAUUCGUUUUUUUUUUUUUUCAUUCUUAAAUUCCUUUGCAUUCUUUCUUUCUUAUACUUUGGUGUUUUUGCUUUCUUCGCAUUGGACUCUUCCUUUUCUUUACUGUCCAUCUUCCUUACUUUCAUUGUCUUGCAUUCUUUCUGUUUUUGUUUUGCUUUAGAUUUUUGUUUCUAA